CGUGUCAAAUUAGUUAGGCUAGCCCUGGAAGGACAAUUCGACAGGGACUUUAAGAUAAUGUUAUAACACCGGGUAAACAGCUCAAAACCAGGGACAUGUUAAAUGUUACUUACAGAUAACAUAAGGUAACCACAUUUACUGCAGACAGUACAAUAACGUUGCCUUGCAUCUUGUUAGCUAGCCUACUUUUCCAAAGUUUGUUAUACAGUCUUUCUUAUCAAUCCUGGUCCUGGAGACCCUCUGCCCCAGCCCUGCAUGUUACAUCUGGGUCUACAUGAUGUAGGGUCGUCUUCAAGGUCUGCAGAAACCUGAUUAUGACCAGUUCAUUUGAGUAAGAUGUGGAUGCUAUGGAGGCCAGUCACCCUGUGUUCGGCACCUGGGAUGCGGGCGUUGUCUUUUCCUGCUGGGGUGCAGAGCUUUGUGCCUGCCAGUAGUACCAUUGAUGAUCAUGUUCUGAAGCAGCUGCAAGCGUUUGUGUCACGUUCUACACGCCUCUUCGUCAUUACUGGUGCUGGUCUCUCAACAGAAUCUGGCAUUCCAGACUAUCGUUCAGAGGGCGUGGGUCUGUACGCCCGCACAGACAGACGCCCGAUGCAACAUGCAGAGUUUGUCCGUAGUGCCAAGUCUCGGCAACGUUACUGGGCUAGGAACUAUGUGGGCUGGCCACAUUUCUCAUCACACAAGCCAAACUCUGCACACUUGGCUCUAAGGCAGUGGGAAGAAAGGGGCAAAUUGCACUGGCUGGUCACUCAGAAUGUGGAUGCCCUACACUCUAAGGCAGGGCACAAAAGACUUACUGAACUCCAUGGAUGUACACACAGGGUGGUGUGUCUUGGCUGUGGCGCUGUCUCUCCCAGAGAGGAGCUUCAAAAGCGUUUUGGAACAUUGAACCCCGAGUGGGGAGCGAAAGCAGGUGGUGUCGCACCAGACGGGGAUGUUUUUCUGGAGGAUGAGCAGGUCCUCCACUUCAGAGUGCCUUCUUGUGAGGGCUGUGGAGGGAUUCUGAAGCCAGAGGUUACAUUUUUUGGGGAUUCCGUCAACAGAACAACAGUGGAAUUUGUACAUAAUAGACUGUCUGAAUCGGAUGCAGUACUGGUUGCUGGAUCCUCUUUGCAGGUGUAUUCCGGGUACAGAUUUCUUUUAGCAGCCAAUGAUAUGAAGAUCCCAGUGGCCAUUGUGAACAUUGGUUCUACCAGGGCUGAUCAUCUGGCGGAGCUACGAUUGAGUGCACGCUGUGGGGAGGUGCUGUCUGUCAUCUUGCCCCUCUGACCUCACC